AUGUCGGGGGGUGAAUACAGAUACGUUUGGCGCAUUGCGUUUCGGAAUUUUUUAAAUUCUUUUCGGCCUCGGCAAAUUCGUGGUAAUGAAAUAGGAAAAGAUUAUAUUGGAAAUGUAUAUUAUGAAAUACCAGCUGAUCCAAGUAGAGGCAAAAGAAAACCAGCACGUUGGUAUGACCCACCUAAAGGCCUGGACUUUCAAGAUCCAUUGCCUUCUGAGUGGGAGUCUUGGCUUCGAAUGAGAAGAAUGGAGCCACCUACAAAUGACGAAAUAUCAAAAAACUUAGCUAUAGCUGAAACUAAGAAAUUAAAUGCUGAUAAGCUAGAAGCUAAAAGACUUGCAGAUGGUGGUUCUAUGCCAACAACUUUAGAAAGAGGUCCUCAAUCUUUUCCUAAAUACAAGGAUUUCCAUGUAGGAGAUAUUGAAGAUGAUCAUAGAAAUAAAUAUUAG